CUGAAAUUGAAAAUAUCGGUAGCAGAUAAAUAUAAACAAACUCAAAAUUUUCCUUUUACAUCAAAAUCUAAGCACAAGAGUCGUUUCUUUAUAGUCAUUUCGGAGAGAUCUUAACGAAAGUGGAUUUGCAGUACGAGUCUUUUCGUUUCCUUCUUCACCAAAGGCUAUACAGAGAAUCUGCGAGCGCAAAUUAAGGUUCAGGGUUAUCUGCUAGGGAGAGAAGGAUUCAUGGCGGAUGUUAUUCUGCACAUAUACGAUGUGACAAACAGUGGAUCGGAAAAGACUAACAACACCAUUCUUCAGAUCAACAGGUUCUUCAAGGACGGUAUUGGUCUAGGAGGCAUAUUCCACAGCGCCAUUCAGGUAUAUGGAAACGAUGAAUGGUCUUACGGGUAUUGUGAACAAGGAACUGGUGUAUUCAGUUGUCCUAAUAGCAAGAAUCCAAUGUACACAUAUCGUGAGAAAAUUGUUCUUGGGAGGACAGAUUGCACAAUCUUCAUGGUAAAUCAGAUUUUUCGUGAGCUAAGCAGGGAAUGGCCAGGACACACAUAUGAUCUCUUGUCCAAAAAUUGUAAUCACUUCUGUGAUGUACUAUGUGACAGGCUUGGUGUGCCAAAGCUCCCAGGUUGGGUGAAUCGCUUUGCCCAUGCCGGCGACACAGCCUUAGAAGUUGCAGGAAACACAGCAAUGCGGAUAAAGCAAGCCAAAACUGAACUAGUAUCAGCUAGUAAAGUGGCUUAUCGCUUCCUUUCGAAUGUUACCUCGAAUGGCUCCAACGGCUCUCCACAACGGCCUGGAACCCUCGACAGUUCAGACAAUGGGACCUUGAGAAUGCAAGGCACUUGGCUCAAAGGGUUACUUAACACUGCAAAACCCUCCACAAGUACACAGAGAGAGAACAAAGAUGAAGAUGCAAAUCAUGCAAUCACCAGUCCGCAAAAAAAACAAAGCCGUGACUCGGAGGUUCUAUUGUUUCAGUAGCAACCCGAUCCACCAUGAUGCAUUCAUUCGGUUAACUGUAUAUCCACCUGCCCAAAAGUUGCUCAUCUGUAUCCAUUACUUUGUGCCUCCACUGGAACCAUUUUUUUUUUUGUUUUUCUGAUUUAUGCAGAACGUGCGACUUUGUUAAGAAGAU